CCAGACUUUGCUUUUGCAUUUGAGUAAGUGACCAUAUUUUCUCGAGUUCCCUUCUUUAUUUCCUGACUUUGGGAAGUCUAAUUCGCUCAGUAUCGAUGGUGUCCUCCUUCGAGCCUCUAAACCGAUCCCCGGAGCUGCGGAAGCAUUGGGCCUCCUACAGGAACAGGGUAUCCCGUUUAUCUUGCUCACCAAUGGCGGUGGGAAACACGAGACGGAGCGCGUGGCUGAAAUCAGCGAGAAACUGAAUCUGCCGUUGGACCCAAGUGUGAUCGUUCAGAGUCAUUCCCCCUUCGCGGAGCUGGUCCGGGGAUCGGAGGCGCAGGGUCCGCUAGAAGACAAGUGCGUGUUGGUCGUCGGAGGAGAUGGCGAUGCUUGCCGUCUAGUGGCAGAGAGGUACGUCUACCGACGGGAUCAUCCUAAUUGGGAGGGCUAAUAGGCCUUAGGUACGGCUUUAAGAAUGUCGUGACUCCCGGGGAUAUCUUCAUGGCGUACCCUUCGAUCUGGCCCUUUUCGAAGAACUUCAUGGACUACUAUAAGAAAUUCGCAAGACCGCUUCCUAAACCAAUCGAUGCGGAGAACCCGGAAAAGAGCCUUAAAUUCGAUGCCGUGCUCGUGUUCAACGAUCCGAGAGACUGGGGCUUGGAUAUGCAGGUGAUUAUUGACGUUUUGCUGUCCUCUGAGGGCAUCAUGGGUACAAGAUCGAGCAAGAACGGCCAAGACAGCCUUCCAAACCGCGGAUAUCAACAGGAUGGCCAGCCACCUAUCUACUUUUCGAACCCUGACUUGUGGUGGGCUGCUGCUUACCACCUCCCACGCCUCGGACAAGGCGGCUUCCGCGAAGCCCUGGAGGGAACCUGGGCUGCUACAACUGGCGGUUCCAGCAAAGGAGUAGAGUUGAUAAAGACAGUGGUGGGAAAGCCUCAUCAGUCGACGUACGAGUUUGCUGAGAGGCAACUGCUCCGCAAUCGCUCUAGGAUCUUCCACUCUCAGGAGCUAGGCCCCUUGCGGAGAGUAUACAUGGUUGGAGAUAAUCCAGCAUCUGAUAUCUGCGGAGCGAACUCCUACCGGAGUAAGCACGGCAGUGAAUGGCACUCGAUUCUUGUUCGGAGUGGUGUGUACACUGGCGGACAGCCAGCGUGGACCCCGAAAACGAUCGUCGACAAUGUACAGAAGGCUGUGGAAUGGGCCUUGAAGUCCUCGCAGUGGCCGACCAUCAAGGAGGACUGAUUGCUUGGCGAUUUUAUUUGUAGGAUUAUAGAAUAUUGAAUUGAUCUGUAUAUAUAUAUAUAUAUAAUAUAUAUCUCUCGAAAGAAUCGUUCUCAGAGGUCGUCAUCGUCUAC